GUACCUUAGAAUAUUAUAUACACAAAGCCUUUCAAAAGUCCUAAAAAUUAACAUAUCGAUUUUGCUUUUAAGACCAACGGUACUUCUAAAUUUCUAGUUGUCACUUACUAGAAGAACCCAUAUGUCGAAAAAAGUAGCUGUGGUGACGGGUUCUAACAAGGGUAUAGGGUACGCCAUUGUUCGGGGCCUCUGUAAACAGUUUGAUGGAGAUGUGUAUCUAACUGCCAGGAAUGAGGAGCUAGGUAAGCAGGCCGUCAAGAGCUUAAACUCUGAGGGACUUUCUCCAAAGUUCCAUCAACUUGACAUCAACGACCAAGCCAGCAUUGAUCGUCUGCGCGAUUUUCUCAGGGCCACCUAUGGAGGUUUGGACAUUCUUGUUAACAAUGCAGGAAUGGCUUACAAGCAAUCGUCAACUGCCCCAUUCGCUGAACAAGCAGAGGUUACGAUAAAAACGAAUUACUUUGGUACCCUUGCCGUUUGUGAAACGUUGUUUCCUCUCUUAAGACCGCACGCAAGAGUGGUAAACGUAUCAAGUAUGGCCAGUGCUGCUAUCAAGAGAUGUAGUCAAGAAAUUCAAUCCAAAUUUCGCAAUCCAAAACUAGCAAUUGCAGAAUUGACGGCUCUGAUGAAUGAUUUUAUUCAAGCGGCAAAGAAUGGGAAUCAUGAAAGCAAAGGGUAUGCGAACAGCGCAUAUGGCAUGUCAAAGGUUGGAGUGACGGUACUCACAGAAAUCCAGCAUCGUCAGCUUUCAGCAGACCCACGAGAAGACAUUUUGGUUAACGCUUGCUGCCCUGGUUACGUUGAUACAGAUAUGACAUCACACAAAGGUCAUAAAACUAUCGACCAGGGCGCCGACACGCCUUUGUAUUUGGCCUUACUUCCGCUGGGAACGAAGACCCCAGCCGGGAAUUUUGUUUCAGAAAGGAACAUUAAGAACUGGAGCGCAUAGUAGUUUAUCAAAUUAAUUGUCACAAGUAAUAAUUGUAAUUGAACUUUUUCCAUUUAAAGUAUAUUUUAGAUGCACUUUGUUAUAGUUAUAUUGAUGCUGAAUCUGUAUUUUUAAAUGAAUAUUUAAAUAGUAAGUAUUCUUUAUUCAUGACUUUAAAUUAAAGAGUUUGUAGGAAAA